ACUCCAAUCAUGACAGUAUUUCCUUCAUAUUUUCAACACUGCAAAUCACGAAACCUUAGUUUGGAAUACUUUUUACGGCGACAGUUGUAUUAAAGGCCGUUUGAGCAUGAUUCCGUCCUCGAACAGGGGCAAAAUCAACCCAACAAGGUGGGAAGAUGUUACCUCCCUCACUCUGGUGCCACGGUGCAGAUUGGACACCAAACCAGAUUUCCCCAAAAUCAUGUCAGAGUGUGUCCAUGACAGGACGUUCAUAACGGGGUCGAACACCGAUUCGGGAAAAGCGGACACCAAGGCAAACUAUUCACAAGGUGUUUGGCUCAACCGUGGGAGGGCAAGCGGAGUGAUGUCGACGGGGCUCAUUCCCAGGCGGCAUGAAAGGACUACAGGCUAGUAUCGAGAAAGUUCAACACACUCAAGGCUUUCUAUCGAAUUGGUGGGUGGGUUCCGAAGGUACCUUGAGAAGAAUUGUUCGAGCCUGGGGCUGUGGUCUAUGUGGUGACUGUAAAAUUCUUCCUUCUCAGAGGAGGCCACUUGCCAAUCAAGUGCUAAAAAAUUGUGACCCUGGCUGUGAAAAGCAAAACGUCACUCAAAUACUUAAGCAAGACCUCUGCCCCAAAGUUGAGCUUUGUAAAGUAAUUCUACACUCUGACACGGGCUGCCAUGAUUGUGGCUUUGUGCUACCAGAUGCUCUCAAGACCAAGACUGUGCAUUGUUUCAAGCAGGACGUGACAGAUGCUGGAUUUCAGAUCUUGCCAAGUUGUUUAGGCCACCAUAAACAAGGAAGUGACAUGCACCAAAAUGGUACGUUGAGUCCUAAAUUGAAAGCCGAUAAUGUCUCUCAGUUUUGUGGUUUGACUGAAAACCGGAGACUACUGAAAUACAAUUCAGACACAGGCACUUCAGUUAACGUUACUGCUCAUCCGUUCGUUAAAAAUUGGGAGAAUGAUUUCUCUUCAACCUCGUCAACGUCUGCCUUCAUUGGUAACACUACAGGAGAGCACAUCAUUAAGUCUGACCUUUGGAGGGCGACUGACACCAUAGGAACAGAGAUAGGUGAGGACAAAAUAAAACAUAAGAGGGCUACUAAAAAAAACGGCACUUUGGAAGUUACUCCGGAAUGGAACACAGUUAAGAAUUUCCUUGUAAAUGAGAUAAAAAGAUGCAGGACUUCAAACUGUCACAGUCAAGCACAGCCAGAAUCUACAGUUGGGACAUGCAGCACUUUUAAUGAAAACUGCCUUCCCGAAGAGUCUUGUGAAGAGGGAGAUAGUCCACGAGGGUCUGAGAUGCUGGAGGAAACAUCAGAACUGUCAGAUGAUGACCCAGCGUCAUUUACCUGCCAAAGGGUGAGGGUCCAAAAUAGAAAAAGAAGAGAUUCCUGUGCACGGACGUAUAUGGAAUGGCACCGCAAGCGAAGGCUUAUAUGCAGAUCGACAAACUCCGGAAACUACACAACUGUAAUUUCAUCUUUUUCAUUUGUUCCAAGAGACUUGUCAUCCUCUUCCAGUACGAGUGUUGAUGAAAAUGACAGUGUUGAUGGCAAGUGUUUGGAAGGAACUAGUGAAGAAGCUAGUGAGAAAGAAGAUGAACCCGAAAAACCUGAACUGGAAGACACAAACUCAGACCAUUUUCCAGAUCUUGCCAAACCCAGUUCUUCUGCCUGUUGUUUGGAUGAUGGUGAUGGUGGUGAUCGUGGCGAUGAUGAUGAUCAGCCAUCUUCUGCUAGUGAAUCAGAAUCUAGUUCAUCUGAAGCAGCAGACGAAGAAGACGCAAAAGGGUGUCCAAAUGAAAGUGGAGUGGGUGAUACUCAGUUGUCCUGUUUGGAUGAGUUCACAGCAUAUCAACAUGAUAUCCUGCUAGUUCAUGUAAACCAUGAUGACUCUGAGCUCUUUGGCAACCUACCCCAGGAGAGUCUGUUGAAACUAGGCCCCAACAGAGUUCACGAAGACCCAAACCCUUGCACGAAAUUUGGAGUGUCACAGACUUUACAGCAAAGUCGGACUCCAGUUAAUAUAAAUCUUCCAAGCAGCAGUCAAGAGGACGACGAGAGCUCAAGUAGGCCGUGGAGACCUAAGGGGAGUACCUCUCCCAAAAUCAAAACCAACUUGUUUAGAGGAAACAAACAAACAAAACAAAGGAUUACAUUUAAUUCCAGCGUAGACAUCGGUAGAGACAUCCAGGAAAGUCACAUGCAUGUUGAGACGGCGGCUGAUUCGCAUGACAUUCCUCCGCUUUUGACCGUGAGAAAUGGUACAAAGCAGACGGAACCUAGGUCUCAUAAAUUUAAUUCUUACUGCAGAAUGUUCUUCAGUGAAUCGCAAACCUGUAGUUACAAGAUGUGCCGCUUCCUGCAUGUGCCAAAGGAGGGCGAUGAGGAGUUCUGUGUCAAUACUGUGGUGCGUUUCACCAAAAAUCCAAUGUGUUUACAGAGAGCAGGAUCUUUGUUCGCAGGCUACUACCGGAGUAAUGCCCCAGGAAUGUAUUUCUCCAUGCAAGGGUUUCUGUCACUCCUCUGGGCGCUACUGAAAGCAGGCCUCAUACCUGAUGUUCUGUCAGUGCUCAACGUCUGCUUGAGUCACAAGAUAGUGCCGACUCAAGAGUUUCUGCUUGCACUUUUCACCUCGGUAAGAGAGCGAGGUCUCACCAGUAUUGUACCUCCCCUCAUCCAGCUCACUUACAAGAUGGCCAGUGAGCAUUUGAUGCUGAACAUGGAUUGCUUUGACAAUUUUAAAAAGACUCCUGAAUUUCAGAAGAUCAUUCAUGGCAAUAAAUAUUCCGUUCAAAGUGUGCCCUUUUCAGACUCUUUGCACUUGGCCCAUGUCGUCGUGGAGAUAGAGCUUUGUGCAAAGCAAGGGGACUGGCGUCGCAUGGGUGAGGCUUUUCGUUGCAUUUGUACACCCUGCCAGCAUCCCAGCCAACUGGAGCGCAUCAGCGGCCGCAUCGCUGUUGCUCUUCUGUCUGAGAGCAAAGACAAGCUGUCUGUGCCGUUUGUGGCAUUUACUGAGACAAUGUGUGACAAUGAAGACCCAAACUCCCCGUUGAUGGGUUUCUGUGGCAGGAUUGGAGUGUCUCUCAUGCUAAGAUACCAUAAAACUCAGCAGUGGGACAAGGGUCGAAAAGUGGUUGAAGCAAUGUCCCAAUCAAAAGUCAGCUACUCGAAGCCGAAAGGUUUAUUCAGUAAUGAGGAUGGAGGGUCACGCUGCCACCUAAUCACUCUGGCAGCAGAGCUCUUCCUCCUCUCUGGCAGUCUGGAAGGAGCCCUCAAAAUUUUACGUGAAAAUAAAUGGUUCAUAAAGUCAAGCGUGUGGCCGUGUAAGCCUCUGGACCUGGAGCAUAGAAGCCGUGUGCUCAUCUGUAUGGCGGAGAAAACUUCACAGAGAGAUACACUGGAGAUUCUCUGCAAUCUCCCUGGAAUACAAGAGCCGAAUGAUCAGGUUGACAUCUCCAAGUAUACACCCUUGUUUAAUGCUCACCUGCAAGUAUGCGUGGACAGACUGAUGCUCACGGUAGCCUCGGACUCGGUGGACUUCAUGCUGUCUCGAAAGCUGCCAGUAGACGGCGAUGUGUUACAGAGGCUUUUGCACAAGCUGGGGAAACAAAACCUCUGGCUACGUGCACGAGAAGUCUUCAGGCACUCUCUAACAGUUGGCUAUUACGCAGCCGUGUCGGCCCCCGCUGGCUUCAUGGCACUGAUUGUCCCCUGUCGGCUGGGGGAGGUGGAACUAGCUCUCACUUUUGAGAUGUUAAUCACUCUCAAUGCUUCUGUUGUUCUCUCCCUUUCUGAGACAACACCCUCAUCCCUUAGCAUUACCCUGAAAAGAGGUCAGGAGAGUGAGAGCGAGUACCUCUCAGCUGGUAGUCGCUUGCUCUCCGCGGCGCUCAUCCCUCAGCCUAAGUUGGAGAUCCACUACACUGCGGUGAACCCCGAACAGGAACAAGUCUUCACGCUAAGCAUUGCCUCCGCUCGACGUUGGCUGCGUAGCAAUCAUAUGUGGGCAAACGAGGUGUGGAAGCAUUAGUUAAAAAAAAAAGUUUAAACAGAAGGGGUGGGGGGGUUGUUAACCAGUGUGACUAGAUUAUUGGAUGAGUAAUAAGAAAAUAUUGUUGCCAGUUUA